AUGGACACCGACCUUCCAGUCCCCCUGUCUCCGGCCUUUCUCAAAGUAACCAGGGUACGUGCUCAAGUCUGCCCCAGGAUAUGCGCCCCCAACUUGCCCCGCAGCGUAAGCCCCAGGCCCCCGGGGCGCUGGGCCACCCGAGCCGCCCGUCCCGCCCUCUGCGCGGUUCCAACAGCUGGCCCCGCCCCCGCCCCGCCCCCGCCCCGCUCCCUGCGCCCCGCCCCGGGCCCGCCGCGCUCUGCCCCGCUCGCUCCUCCUCUGCGUACGAUCGCCCCGUCGCUGGGCGGCUCCCGCGGCUCCCGGGGCUCCAGCAGCAGCCCUUCCUGUCUCCAUGGCGACACGGCGUCCCAGGCUCGCAACUCGGAACCCAGCGCGAGUGGCGAGCGGGGCUGGACCUCCUGGUCUGCCCUUCGCGGGAUCUCCAAGGCAGGGCCAGCGGGUUGGGGCUCUGGAGCCCCACGGCUGCCGAGGCACCGCCCGAGAAGUCUUGGGCCGGAAUUUUGUAUUCCAGAAAUCCCCAGGAACUACCUAGACAAGAAAGAUGCUGUAAAGGCACCAAAAAGCAGACAAAAUGGCACAUUGCUAGUGUUUGAUCCAAAGGAAAAAGUGAUGAGUGACCCAAGCAAAGCAAUGUCACACAAAUGCUGCUUUGGACCAAGACCAAGACUGAUAAACAAGCUCUAUAGUUCCCCAACACAGAUCUCUCUGGGUGUAGCCAAUACAUUCUCAGCAAAGAAAGAAGCCUCUCCUAAGAAGAUUGAAGAUAAAGUCUCUCUAAAAAGUGCUGAAAACAAACCGUCUUCAAGGAGUGUUGAAAAUAAGGAUGUCUUAACAAAUCGGCAGUCUGACCCGUGGUCAUCUUCCUCCCUAAAAGAAAGUGCAGGUGAAGCCGGCAAGGAUUCGGUCCUUGCAAAGCAGGAGAAAGUUAGUGACUAUUGCCUUCAGGACAUUGAGGAGAAGUUGUCCGACUCAACCGAUGGUGAUGGUGAAGAGGACACAAAUGAUGAAGAUGAGGAAGGCCCCUCUAAAAAGGAGACUCGUGCCCCGCUAGAGUUAAUGGCAGAAUUCCUGAGAGCAGAAAUGGGCCGAGACUACCAGUUGGCAAAAAAGUUAUGUCAGAUGAUCCUAAUCUAUGAACCAGAAAAUCCUGUGGCCAAGGAAUUUUUCUCACUUAUUGAAGAAAUAUUGCUGAAGGAGAAAGCUCAGAAGCGCGAGGAAGAUGACGAGGACAGUGAAGAGGACACCAGCAGCGAGAGCGAAGCAGAAAGCAGUGAGGAUGGGAGCGAGGACAGCUCCGAUGAGUGUGAAGACGGGUCCUGAAGGUCGCUGCCGUGGAGAGUUAUUUUCAAGAGUGUAUGCCAUGCAAAUGCAAAUAUAAAGAAGAGAGCCGCUGCUUAGUGUGACUGUGCUUUCUUCGCUGCAGAGUUCAAGGGAUCUGUGUUCUUAGUUUGGGCUCCUUGCUUAUGUUUAGGCUUAGGCCGAGGCAAGUCACUUAGAGAGGGAAAAAGGGAGGCCAUACAAUGUGCGAGGGACACAGUGAAUGCUCUGCAUACUUUCUUUACCCUUAAAUCCCUAAGUAGUAUGUUACUGUUCCCAUUUCACAGGGGGGAAAGUAAGGCAUGUUAAGGGUAGUUUUCCAGUGUGGGUCACCUAUUUAUAGGGUCUGGAUCUGCCUCUGUGACAUCAUGACUCAACAGCUGUGUUUUCAGUCCCCCUUAUUGACUGCCACAGGAAGCCUUUUUUAAAAAAAAUCUGUUUGUGUGGCAUGUAUCAGUAUCUGGAGAGUUCAUCCUCUCCUCCCUGGAAGAGAAACAGGACUUUGGUACUUCUCACGGUUGUGUCCCUAGCCACUGGUAAGUAGCUGGAAAAUAAGUGUGUCUGUAUACAAAUACA